AUGGCCACUACUGAUAAGACAGAUCCAGUUGACUGGUCAGUGGAUCAAGUGGUACAUUUUCUCUGUCACCCAGGACCUGCACCAUGGGCACAAUCAUCAAAUACUCCACGCCCCGAUUCAGCCAAGCUCGAAGCAACACUCCGUGACAAUGAGAUGUGUGGGGAGGUUCUCAUGCAUGUCGAUAAUGAUGGUCUGAAGGAUAUGGGUGUAAAAGCAUAUGGCCACCGAAUUAGCUUAAUGAAAGCUGUUCGGUGGCUGCAAGACAAAUCUCCGAAAUACAAGUCGUCCCAGAGAAGCAAUCAUGAAAAUGAAACCCCAGAAGUGAGAGAUAGGACUCAAACUGAUCAUGCAAAACUCGUGCCAGUGGCGACGACUCCUGUCAUCGUCGUUCCCUCGCGGCCUUCUGUUCAGGAAUCUAGCAUUGUCGAUAAUGCUCAGAAACCCAAACGGAGGAUUGCCCCCAGCUUAGUGCAGCCGGAUAUUACAUCCAAUUCUUCUGGAAAUGACAUAUUGAGCAAUACCUUUGCAGCUCAAAGUGGGAACUUUCAACCGCCAGAGAUCCUUGCCACGCUGGGCAAGAAAGCACCUUCUGGUGCGCGAACUCAGAAAGAAGAAGAUUUUCUGGAGUACUUGACCCAAAAGUAUCAUGACGAUGAUGAUGACACAAGCAGUCCUCUCCCGCUUUAUGGAGAGUCCGAAUCGGAAGGUGAGCUUGACAAUGAGACAUAUCGUGCAAUAGUGCAGGAUAACCCGAGUCUCGAUAUAUCAAGGCCUAUUCUCCCACGAGAGCAGUGCAAGGCUUUAAUAGCCGAAUACACUGCGGAAAAAGAACAGCUAUGGCGCCAAAAAUCCCUUCCAAAGGAACUUCCGAAGGCACGAAAAAUGUGGAUGCAUUCUCGGCAAUCCAAUAAUCUUGAACGUGAAAAGAAUCGCUUCUCUGCCGACAUUGCGCAUCUAGAGAGCCGUCUUAUGAAACAGCAGGAGGGAAUUUUGGCUUUCGAAUACAGAUCCUCUCAGACUCUACAGAAAGCCUGCAAGAACAUGGAUCCGACAAUAUCCGAUCGAUGUCUUGGCAAAUGGAAGCUAGCUACUCUGGAAUCAGACGUUUGCCCGUCGAAAAUUCCUCAUCGGGUCAACAAUACUCGAGCUCGAGUAAUACGAGAGGUUGACUCAGGUGAUGAUGAAACGUUGGAUUCUGGGACAGAGUUCUUGACCGAUGAUUCCCUUGACGAGGAAAUGUCGUCCGAUGAAGUCGAUUUUGAUCAGACCGAUAUUGAGCAGGUCGACCUUGGCCAUGAAACAGUAUCUGUCUCUAUUUAUUCAGGCAAUGAAAACAGCCGCGCCCAGUCAAAAGAGUUACGUCCCGAACCUGCUCCUACUCGUGGGUUUCCUUUCAGCCUAGGAUCUUCUCCAUCGUCAAGCGACAGUGAACCACUACAUGGUCUCAGAAAACGGCAGCGAGUUGUUGAGAUGGGCCAAAGUCGCCAUGCCAAUCCUCCACUGAAAGCUCCCCCCACUGCUUUUAUUCAGGAUGAUGAAGAUGAAGAAGAUCUUCUCGAUAUGGAUAUCGACCCGGCAGCCAAUUUUACUGCUAGACCAUCUAGCUCAUCCCGAUCGAUACAACAACAGCAAGACCAGGAUAUUGCUGAAACACUGAUCAAGACACCACCUCUCAAUCCAGUGUCGCCAACAGAUAAUGUGGAUAGGGAGCUUAUGGUCAAAACGCCUCCUCUGAACCCUACAACACCCGUCAAGCUCACUUUGACACGUCCUAGACCCCCAGAGGCUCUGUCUACUAAAACUUCGCCGAGUUCAAGGAGGAGCUCUUUUGCUCGCCCAAUUAUCAUCAGUGACUGUGAAUCAAUCGGUUCCCCUAUGCAAGAAAUACAUUCUCCCGUCGACAUUGAACAUGCCGAACUCUUUGAUUUGCUGAAUGGAACUUCCAUGGAAAUGAUCAUGGAAUCAAAAGAUCGUAUCCAGCUGCUAGCAAAAAGUGUCAUGCAAUUGCGGUCAAGUGAGAUCAAGUCUUUCGGUAUGUUCCUGGAUAAAUGGUUUCCUGAACUCUACGUCGAAGGGGUCCAAGAAGCCAUCAGAGCGAUGAUUCAGAACAAGCGGGAGAUGCAGUACAAGGACCCAGAAGACAGCAAGCUUUUCAUGCGGCUUGCUGCAUUAUUUGUGUCUUGGUUUCAUUGUGUCACCUUAGACCCAUCGGGUAUAGAUGAAAAUCUGCUGGAUCAAGCGCUCAAGGCUAUCAAGCCUGGUGCUGAAUCAACGUUUGAAAUUUUCUACCACAAAUUCAAAGCGUUGGUUCACGCUUACAAUAAAUGGAAUCCUAAUUCUUCACGACGUCGAUCAACAAGUGUGAAAUCUCCAAAUUUCGACUUCAGGUUCGAGAACCAUUCGCACCGGACUUCUACUGACCCAGAUCGCUUGAAACGGAAAAGGCGGCAUGUCAUCAAACUGCAAAACAAUGCACAAUCGUUUGCCCAAGAUCGGAAAGCCAAACAAGACCGGGCAAGAGAGGCCUUUAGGAGAGAUAGAGAGCGCCUAGGUUUAAGUAACAGUGACCCAGCAGGACAAGUAGUCUCUUUCAAAGAACCGAUACUCUAUCUCAAUCCAGGUAUUGGUGAAUUUGUUAAACCACACCAACUGCUGGGAAUCCAAUUCAUGUGGCGCGAACUUUGCGAAGGCGACAACAUGCAGGGGUGUUUGCUUGCACAUGUCAUGGGCCUAGGCAAGACAAUGCAAGUAAUAUCUCUUUUAGUUACAAUCGCGGAGGCUGCUGCUUCUCAAAACCCUAAGAUUCGGGCACAAGUACCUCAAAAAUUCCACAAGUCUCAGACUCUUAUCUUAUGCCCGUCCUCUCUGUCACACAACUGGCUAGAAGAGCUGGAGUUUUGGGCACCACCCGAUCACUACCUAGGCACCUUCUAUGACAUUAAUCCCAAUUUUUAUACGGAUGCCCCGACUAGACUUGCUAUCCUUGAAGCCUGGAAAAACAACGGCGGCAUUCUCGUCCUCAGUUAUGACAUGUUUCGACGACUGAUGUCUUCCAACUCUUCGAACACAUUUGAUGAAUCGCAGCAGAAAAUCGUCGAUAACAUACUAUUGUCCACACCCAGUAUUGUGGUUGCUGAUGAGGCUCAUAGAUUGAAGAGUGGCGUUUCAGCCAUCUCAAAAGCGGCUUCGCGUAUUAAAACCACGAGUCGCAUUGCCAUGACCGGAUCGCCUCUUGCGAAUAACCUGAUGGAAUAUUUCCAAAUGAUUGAUUGGAUCGCACCAGGUUAUCUGGAAACAUCCAGUGCAUUCAAGGAGAAAUUUGUAGAGCCAAUCCAAGCAGGACUGUAUCUCGACAGUACUCGAUCACAAAGAAGAGCCGGUCUUAUUGCACUGAAGCUGUUGAACAUGAUCAUGGAUCCAAAGGUCAAUCGGGCCAGUAUUUCAGCAAUUGCAUCUGAUUUGCCUACUAAAACUGAGUUCAUUCUUCGUGUUCCCUUAACGGAGACUCAGAAGGCUGCUUACAACAUGUUUGUCCAGGAGACAAAGUUCAAUGGCAAUCUCACGACUUUGUGGCAGUGGCUGGCCAUCAUGCAGCUGUGUUGCAAUCAUCCGGUUCCAUUUCUUGAAAAGUUGAAAGAUCGCACAAAGCAAAACGAUGACUCUAGCUCGUUUAUGCCCAACUCGAUUGCCGAAGCUGGUCUUCCGUCUUCCUUGUUUCAAAAAAUCGAGACUAUUUUCAAAACGGUGCCAAAUCUAUCAGACCCCAGCUUGUCCCACAGAGCCGUGCUUUUAGGAAGAAUCCUCGAAGAGUCAAAAAAGGUCGGGGACAAGGUUCUGAUUUUCACUCAGAGCAUACCAACCGUCAAUUACCUUGAUUCCUUUUUAAAAGAGCGGCAUUCGUCAUAUAAGCGUAUCGAUGGAUCAACGCCAACUUAUUAUAGGCAACAAAUGACAAAAUCAUUCAACCGUGACGAUGAUGAUACACAAGUCAUGCUCAUCUCUACCCGAGCCGGUGGACUUGGGUUGAAUAUGUUUGGAGCUAACCGCGUUAUCAUUUUCGACUUCUUGUUCAAUCCAACAUGGGAAGAACAAGCGAUCGGGCGCGCAUACCGUUUGGGCCAGAUGAAACCAGUCUUUGUCUAUCGGUUUGUGGCCGCUGGAACUUUCGAGGACGUCAUCCACAACAAGGUUGUAUUCAAGUCUCAGCUUUCUGUCCGUGUGGUGGAUAAGAAAAAUGUUCUCCGUGAGGGCGAAAAGAAGAAAACCGAGUAUCUUUUCUUCGUCAAGGAGAAAGAACGGCACUCACUUCAGCAUGUCCUGGGCAAGGAUCCUGCAGUUUUGGAUCACAUAAUUAAUAGCGAUGAUGCAGCGAGUAUUUUGGGGAUCACCUUGUCGACUCUGCAGGAUGAUGAAAAUGAUCGUUUGACUGAGCAAGAGCGUAAAGAGGUCGAUUCCAGGCUAGCAUUGGACAAACUCAGGCGCACUGACCCACAAGGAUACAUGUUAGAGGUACAGAGACGAGAUCGUGAAGAGCGAGCUGCUAUGGAAGCUGCGCGGCUCCGUUGGAAUGAGAUGGCAAGGUCUCAGCAACCUCAACCAUCGGUUGCAGAUAGACCCAUUCUUCCCAAUGGAUCGCAACUUACUCUGCCCCAACAUGCAGGUCCAAUCCAGCCGCAAAAUCCGAUCCAGCGCCCUCCAAAUGAAUACCCCAAUGCCCAAAUAUCCCUUGUGAAUUCAUUCCUUGAUUCUCAGCAAGGCCUCUUGGAAAGGCAAACGAGGCAAGCUGAAAUUCAAACAGAUGGAUUCCGAGCUCAGUGGGAAAGUUGGGCUCUGCCACAGCAACAGGCUAACGACUCCAACGCCACAGGCCCUCAGCAGGAGUUUCCAUAUUAUGCUGAAAAUGAGUAUUUGUCCCAGUUCCCGCAGUCAACAACCACAUAUAUGUCACAAUAUGGAACCGAGAAUUACAACCUGUCCAGCACGGUACCUGAACUACAAGAUACUGACCCCCUUACAUCCGACUUUGGGACUAACAGCGCGACCGCCAAUAUUUCCCCAAUGAGUGCCCCCACGGGUCCUAUUCGUCCACAAAAUGUCGGUCGGUCUCAAUCUUUCGAACGAAGUUAUUCUCCGCCUGAAAUAAUCCCUAGCUUCGGGAGUCCAAUGGAUGAAAGCACUUAUUCCCCGCCCGAAGUCAUGCACAGCUUCGGAGGUCCUUUCUAUCCUGGAGCAAACAUGAUGACCGACGGUUCAAAUGAUAACAUUGCUCGGCCAGCAUCUACCCGUGAAACCCCACAUCCGUCCCCCUUAAAGGAAGGACAGAGGAGACGUGCCUCCUCUUCCAACACCGUCGCAUCUGCUGAUAUCGAUAAUCCCGCCCCAACAAGUCCAUCAGCCAACAACCAACCAAACCGACAGUUGUCGGAAGUGCCAGCGGCGUAA